CCCAAUCCUCCAGCUCCCCGCCAUUCAGGAUAUUGAAGAUACAGGCCACCACGGAAGCAUGACCUCCGACAUGUCUCGAAAAGAAGUAUUGGGAAAUGUCUUUAAAAUGGUGCCUCCAAUGCUGGAGAAGUUUCACAAGGGCCAACUCGGUCGAGUCGCAGUCAUUGGGGGCAGUGAAGACUACACAGGAGCUCCCUACUUUUCAGCCAUGGCAUCCGCCAAGCUUGGAGCAGAUAUGUCCCACGUAAUCUGCGAACCCGGCGCUGGUGCCGUCAUCAAGACCUACUCUCCCAAUCUCAUGGUGCACCCCUACAUGCGACAGAAAAAGAACCUCGCACACAACGAGACCAUAGAUAACAUUUCCGACUCGGUGAUAGCUAUGCUUGACCGCCUUCAUGUCAUUGUCAUCGGCCCUGGUCUCGGCCGUGACGAAGCCAUGCAAGAAACCUGCGCGCGGGUCAUCACCGAAGCCAAGAAACGAAAUGUAUCCUUCGUACUAGACGCAGACGGAUUGUAUCUCGCCCAGACUCGUCCAGAAUUGGUUGAAGGUUACAAAGAAUGUAUCCUGACACCCAAUGUAGUCGAGUUUGGAAGACUGGCCAAAGCGAAGAAAAUCGAUACAACCAAAGAGGAUCCCAAGACAUUAUGUUCGAAACUCGCCACUGCGUUUGGAGGUGUCACCAUUAUCCAAAAGGGACCCGUCGAUUACAUUUCCAAUGGGACACAAACCCUCGUAUCCGACGGCGAAGGUGGAUUGAAACGCAGUGGCGGACAAGGCGACACAUUGACAGGUUCAUUGGCAACACUGCUCGCGUACAGGAAAGCAUACCUGGAUAAGAUCUGGGAUCAUGAAGGGGACAUGAAGGCCGAUGAACUAUUGGCGUAUGCGGCGUACGGAGGAAGUGCCAUUACGAGAGAAUGUUCGAGAUUGGCUUUCAAGGAAAAGGGAAGAAGCCUGCAAGCUGCCGAUUUGACUGAGCAUGUUCAUCAAGCUUUCCUCAAUGUUAUUGGGGAAAAGGGUUCUGAUGGAGCCAAGUUGUAAAGACGAGUGUGAGACACCUUUGAGCGAGUGGAAAAGACAGUGACCGAAUGCAUGAUUGGGCUCCGGAAACAACAGGACAGGCCUUGGAAGUGCAAAGCGCUGCAGACAUGGACGAGUUUUGGCAGCAGCAUGGAACACGAUGUAUGAAGUAUACGAGACAUCAUAAGCAUAUGUCUGGUUAUGACAGAAAUAUGGAUGGCACUG